AUGCCGCCGAACGGGCUGGUAAACGCGCCGCUGGUCGAACUGCUGCAAAAAUGGGAGGCCAAAAGGAUAAACUUAUGCAACGUAUGUCUCUGCUUGCACCACCUGAAAAAAAAUAUACUCCUAAAAUGGGGCGACCGAAGGGACUUUCUAUUAAGUAGCAUCAAUGAGGAGACCAUUACCAAAAUAGUGGAUCUACUGGACGUGAACCAAAACGGAACCGUUGCAGACAGCACAAAGGAUAAGUACUUCUUCCUAACAUUUGUAACGUUCGUCUUUAACACAGAAAAUGAACUCCUAAGGAGGAACUGCCAUAUGGCCAAAGAGGUAGAAGAAAACUACUCCAAUAUGAACAAUGAACAUUCAGGAGGUGGAAAAAAAAACAAAGGCAAAAAAACUGAUGAAGAAUCACAAAAGGGUGCACUGCAAAAAACCAUAGAGGAUGAUAAGAAGCACCUGUUGAACAAACAGUUGGGGAAUGAUCAAAUGGAAAAGCCAAAGGACCAAUCACAUCACCCCAAUAACGUGUUGGACCAGUUUGACGUACUCAUAAAAAGGGCAAUCGAUCUGGAGGUAAACCACACACACGGGGAGGUGAACAAAUUACUAAGUUGCAAAAUUUACGUAUUUUACGUUUUCUUAAAAUUUAUAUUUACCCUUACAAAGGACUGCCCCCAAAUUAGCAAGCACUAUUUGAAGCGUGUGAGAAAUAUCCUACACAGCCUGAUGAGCAUACCGUUGGGAUUCCUACAGCAGAGUGAAUAUCUUGUCCACCUUGCAAACGUCACACUCCUCCUGAUUGUAUAUACAAAUUUCCCUUCCGUGAAAGAUUGCGAAAAGGAAUUCUUAAACUUUUUAAUUAUGCAGCUAAACAGGAGGAAGUACUCCCUGCAAACGAUUGAACUAAUCCUAGUUACCUAUUUGAACAAAAAAAAAAACAUCAUUUUGAAUGACCAAAUUUAUCAACAGUUAAGGAGUCAUUCCAAUGAUAAUAUCAAUUUAUUUUUAAAAUGUGGGAAAAAAGAAAACCUGUUCUUUUUCUUCAACCUUUUGUACCUUUUUAAUGGUUUGCUCCAUGCCAAGGUAAGCAACUCGAACCAGAAUGUUUACUUUGUGAAGCCUGUAGAAUGCGUUAAUAUAAAUGUAAGCAUUAAGGAGAUGCUGGACAAUGUUCAGAAAGUGCUAAACUACUUGGGAACCAUGUCAAGGGAUUAUUUGGCCAACAAAAAAGUGGACAUAUACCUCAACGAGGGGGGGGCAUACGUCUAUUCGAAGGAUGAACCAUCAGAGGAGGAAUUCACCAUUGAAGAGAUUUUAAAAGGGAAGGAUUCACAUGAAAUGUUCCAAGGGGGGUUCCCGAACGGGGAGAAAAAUAAACAGCUACCCAACCUCUUUACCUACAUAAUUGACAACGUGUUUUCUUUUUUUCGGGGCCUCAUAAAAGAACAAGACGCAGAAUCGAUAAGCAUGAACCUAAACCAUUUGGUGGAUUUUUUAAAACUAUUUUUCAUUCAAAAUAAUGAAUCUGAUUUAUUUUUAAUAAAUUUCGUUGGAACAAAUUUUAGUACUUAUUGUAAGGAACUGCUGGAGAAGUGCCCCUGCGCGUUGGACGAAUUGGUCAGCCAUAUUAUGUGCCUAUUUAGGGUUGUAAGGAUGCUUACCCAGAGUGCGGUUAACAGAGGAACAGCCGGAAAAUUAAUGAACAUUCUGAGUAGAAUAGGGGAAGUCGAAAUGGGGGGAAGUUCCCCAAAUGGGGCAAGUAACGAAAGCUGGAAGGGAGUGCUCCCCGAGGAAAGCAUCAUCCACAGACUGUACAACAACGCUGUCCACACGCUAUACGUUUUCCUCAAAAAUGUAGAAACCUACUCAAAUGAACAGAUUAAAGAGAAGAUCCUUAUCCAGUAUGAACACUUCCUACUUUGCAUCCUCGAUAAGGAAGUGAAUGCCAACUUUGAUCUGAUUUUUCGAAACAGCACUUCGCUCUACGUAACGUUAAAGGCUUUUUUCAUUCUGAUGAAGCUACACAAAUUUGACUUUGAAAAUAUACAUAACUUUUUUUUUAAGUUGAUCAAACUGGAGAUGGAACUCCCCACAGCCAGUCAACAAGGGGCCUCCCUUUUUUAUAAAAAUGGCCUACACAGUAAUGCCGCUUUAGUGCAAAAAAUCAAGACAUUCAUUUUAGCCAAUUUGGAUUUAAUUUCGCACGCCACGGGGGAGACCAAAGUGGAAAAGCUGAAGCGCCUGGAAAGGUUGACAAAAUCGAACGUCUUCGGACGGGCCGAUAUUUUGUCCCAGUUUGAACGCCCCAUCAGGGGGAGCAAUAAUAAGGAGAAGAUCCAAACAGACCUCGAAGGGAAUCGACACCCUUUGCAGAUGAACGACGAGGUGAGUAAUACCCACAGCGGAACGAAAAAAAACAAAAGAACUCUCGAAAAGACGAAACUGCAAGGAGAAACCAACGAAACAUGGGAGAACGCACACGCGGAAGAUACGUCGUCCAGCUCCAUCAGCACGGAUGAACAUUUUGAAGAGGAAAAGAUGCAGCGCCGAAAAAAAGGCAACACCUUCGUCAGUCAAACGGGACAAUAUAAGAUUAAAAAAAAAAAAAAAAAAAAAAUUAAGCAUGAGGAAGAGGAGGAGGACGCUUCCAGUGUGCAGCCUGAGAAGGCGAACUCAAGUUCAAAAAAGGCGGGGCGUUCGGAAUGGGUCGACGUGGAUAAGGAGGACGACGACGCUGCGAGCGACACGGCAAACAUGGCCAACAACAGUGACAAUGGCGACUCCCUCCAGGAUCACGCCGCUGAGGAAGCAAGCAAAAAAAACAAAAAAACGCCACAAAAAACGCUACAAAGCGGGCAGCAGGAUGAGCAGCAGGACGAGCCGCUCGAAGCGAAUCGAAGCAGCCACGCGGAGGGCGCCCCCGGAAAUUUAAAAGAGCUAGCAGAUAACGUAAAAAUGGUGUCGUCGUCCGAUGCCAUGAAUUCCCUGCAGUACAUGAAGCAGUCCAUCCUAAAUGACUUAUAA